GAUGUAAGGAUGUUACUGCUGCACACGCAAAAAAUACAGAUAGUCUCGCGAGAUCUGAGACCGGGCUAUUCUUUAUUCGGCAACGGUAGUAGGUGGAGACUGGAGACAGAGGAGGCUAAAAGCGGAGCUGCAACUCUGCCACUUUCUGUUUCUGUGUCUCAGUGAGAGGUGCCCGAUGUGUUCUACUCGCCAUGCAGUGGGUGUUUUCGGGGACUGAGAACAUUGGUUUGUCCGUUUGAGUCCCCCGCAGCUGGUCUAUUCUGGUGUCCCCUUCUUCCUGUCCGCUUGUUCCCAUUCAGCGUCCGUCUUUGCAGCAACUGAUGCUGCUUCUGCUUCACUGAGCUAACGACUCAACUGUCUCCAGAGACGACACUACAUUGUCCCACAGAGAGCUGAGCUAUCGCCUGGUGAUAGAUGUCUCAUUUCAUCAAUCAAACUUCAGAGACCAGUUGUAGUCGGUUGGAGAGUCUACAGCAGCAGUGAUGAGGGCAACGGUGACAGGCUGCAGGAUGAGUGUCGGAGCACUCCUAAACGGGCUGCUGGUCUCCGUGCUUGCGGCUCUUCUGUGGAAGUACUCCAAGCUGAGCGAGCACGCUGCACUCUUAGAGGAAGAGUUGCACAUGACAAGACAGUCCCAGGAGCUUUCACAAGCCCGCAUUGAUUACCAUGUUGCCCUGCAGACACUACAGGAACAUGGAACCAACAUGGUCUGCACUGGCAAAAUGCACACUGACCGCAUCUGUCGCUUCGACUACCUGUGCUACUGCUCAGAGGCAGAUGAAUUUAUAUUUUUCCACUCCAAUUCCUCCGUCAUGUUACCUAACCUGGGGUCGCGACGCUUCCAGCCUGCCCUUCUGGACUUGUCAUCAGUUGAGGAUCACAACACUCAGUACUUUAACUUUUUGGAACUCCCAGCUGCCGCUUUAAAAUUCAUGCCCAAGCCUGUCUUUGUACCAGACGUGACACUGAUCCCAAACCGGUUUAACCCUGACAACUUGAUGCAUGUAUUCCAUGAUGACCUCCUCCCAAUCUUCUACACCAUGAAACAGUAUUCAGACUUGGAUGAUGAGGCUCGGCUAGUGUUCAUGGAGGGCUGGGGUGAAGGACCACACUUUGACCUCUAUAAGCUUCUCAGCAGCAAGCAGCCACUGCUUAAGGAACAGCUCAGGAACUUUGGCAAGCUAAUGUGUUUCACCAAAUCUUACAUUGGUUUGUCGAAGAUGACCACAUGGUACCAGUAUGGGUUUGUGCAACCGCAAGGGCCUAAAGCCAACAUUUUGGUCUCAGGGAAUGAAAUUCAGCAGUUUGCGAGGGUGCUAAUGGAAAAAAUGAACAUAACUAGGGCAGAGGAGGCAGAGAAAGAUGGUGGAAGUGUAGAACGUGAAAAGGAAAAGGAGAAAUACGAUGAUUACGCCGUUGUCUUCAGCCGUUCAACAACAAGGCUAAUACUCAAUGAAGCAGAGCUAAUACUGGCUCUGGCCCAGGAGCUUCAGAUGAGGGUGGUCACAGUAUCACUGGAGGAACAGUCAUUCCCCAGCAUAGUCCAGGUGAUCAGUGGAGCUUCUAUGUUAGUCAGCAUGCAUGGAGCUCAGCUGAUCACGUCACUGUUUCUGCCCAGGGGUGCAACUGUGUUGGAGCUGUUCCCCUUCGCUGUGAACCCAGAACAGUACACACCAUACAAAACCCUGACUUCUCUUCCAGGCAUGGAUCUCCACUACAUUUCUUGGAGAAACACCAAAGAAGAAAACACUGUCACUCACCCAGACAGGCCAUGGGAACAAGGAGGCAUUGUUCACCUGGAGAAGGCAGAGCAGGACCGAAUUAUAGCAAGUAAGGAGGUCCCAAGACACCUUUGCUGCCGCAACCCAGAGUGGCUCUUCAGGAUCUACCAGGACACUUUGGUGGAUAUCCCCUCCUUACUUGAUGUCCUAAAGGAGGGAAGAAACUCAAAAACCAACUUUAGGAAGUCAAAACCAGCCAGUACGGUUCACCCAGGCCGGGUGAGAGAACCUCAUUGUCAAACAUCUGUACAAACGAGGAACGAGGCCAAACUCACAGUCUCCUGGCAGAUACCGUGGAACCUCAAAUACCUGAAGGUACGGGAGGUAAAGUACGAGGUCUGGAUCCAGGAGCAGGGAGAGAACACCUACAUGCCUUACAUCCUUCCCCAGCAGAACUACACUUUCUCAGAGAACAUCAAACCUUUCACCACCUACCUGGUGUGGGUCAGGUGUAUUUUUAACAAGAACCUCCUGGGUCCAUUUGCAGAUGUUCUCAUGUGUAAGACUUGAAGACACCAGGGUUCGUUGCUGUUCCACUUAUGACUGUUCCACACAAUCUGAGUUGUUAAGUGGAUGUCGAGUGGUAAUCCUGGGGAAGGAUGUAGACAGCAGGGCUUGGUCCUACAGAAGUAAACCAUUACAUGAACAUUUAGGAGAUCUGUGGCCAGCCAGGAGAACAUAUCAACUUUGGGAUGAACACCAGAGCCAGAACUAGAUGGCAACAGUGAACAGUAAUGGAAACUUUUUCCUGACCCUUUGAGAGAAAGUGCAAAACCACGCCUCUACUGACAGUUGCCAGAAUUCAGAUUUAUUUAUGUGCAAAAAUAAUAUAUACCUUAAUUUCUAGUACUAGUCAAAACACUGGCUCCAGACCUUUUACAGUAUGCAAUGUAGCUUUUUUCUGUGAAGAGGAAGAGAUUUUAGUAUAGGAUAAAGUUUUUUAUGUCGCUUUUUUUCAAUAGUCUAAUGUCAAAUAUGUGUUAAAGUCGGGUGUUUGUUUCCCUCACACAUGACUGAAUGACAUGCAGCAGUAUUUAAGAAACCAAAUCAAUACCAAAGCAUUUUCUUUACAUAGUAUCUCAAACUAACAUUCAUUUUCCCAUAUUCUAACUAGUAUUGACCUAAAAAUCCCAAUCCUAGAUUUGUAUUAAGUACUGUUAGUGUCAAAAUGAAGUUUCUUAAAGGGACAGUUCAGGGUUUUUUUUUUUAAAUCUAUACAUAUAUAUAGAGAGAGAGACAGGUGUCAGUUACUGACAGCCAGUAUUUAGCAUGAAGUCAGUUGGGGUGUGGUAGCAGAAGAAGGUAGACACGUCUUUGUGUCAUGCCCUAAUUUUAGAAAUAUCUUCGUCCUUAGACUGGAAAAUGUUUUUCUUUGUUGCUAGUUAAUGUUUGGCUUUCCUACAACACUUAACACAAAGAUUUUGUGUUUUUAGCUCGUUGCUGCUACCAUGUUAGAAUUACUUGGCAAAGAGUGACUGAACUACGUAUUUGAAUUAAGUGAUAGUGGCAGUGAGGAUCAAUAUCUCCUUGGUGCUGUAAAAUCACAUCUUUUCUCUACCGAUUUCAGUGCAAUGGAGUAUUCAAUUUACAAGUAACACAAUCUUUAAGUUGCUGUUAAACUAAAGUGUGGAAGCAGAUAUUUUAUCGUCGGAAUAUAUUAGGGGAACAUUUUGUUGAUUUGCUCAGUUCUGUUGGUGCCCCUGAACAUGUGCCUGACUGUCUCGUAGGAAUAUAGGUGGUCAGAGUUCACAGAGCAGCGUGUGUAAACUGCUGACUCUGUGCAACCACCAGAAUCAUUCCUUUUCCUCUGAUCAAUGGUUUUAGCACCAAAAUGCAAAUAUUUGUGCAAUUUUUAUUUACAAAAAGUGUUUUUGAAGUAUAAAAAAAGACUUUUACGUGAUUUCUUUUUGACAGGUACUUGUGAUCUGUGCAAUGCUUACAAUUUCACACGAAGAUUAGAACGGCUGCCAGGAUAUUAUAAUGAAGCACUGUCCUUCCUGUGGAUUACUGGAUUCUCUUCUAUUUUAAUAACUAGUGUGAAAAUUGGUUUCAUUAAGACCAGCUCUGAUGUAACAUAUGAUUUCAACACAUGAUACAGCGGGGAGGUGUAAUUAACAGGUAUUUGUAAGCACAGGUUUACACCUGGAGUUGAAGUAUGGCUGUGAAAAAAAAAAAA